AGCAAUACGGUCGUUCAAGAGUCUUGGGGUUGUGAUUUGAAGGAACAUGGAUGGCCGAUGGCCGGGUCUUGGCAAAACGUCUUGGGAGCUUCCGCAGACGACGAACGAUGUACUCCGUACAACUACAACUUCAACUAUUCAAAACACCUCAACGGAGUUGCUGGAGCCACCUUAUCUUUGAAUAUAUACCCCAGCGGGUGAAUGUCUGGUAGACAGACAAGAGCUCAGCACAGCGCAUAUUCUUCUUUCCUUCCUACUUUCGUCGUUUUUUCUCUUUAGCUUAGUUACCCCACUACGUCAACCAGCAGCCUGAAUAGAUACGUCUUCUUCAACGCAUUGCAUCAUUCGAUUCGCUCACUCAGGAGGCUCCAUCCAAACUGCUCUCUACCGUUGGAACAAACCUCGUUUAAUAGCGGUAAAGCCUAGUUGCUAGAAGCUCAUUUGUUCUUUUCCGAUCUCUGGGCGAAUCUUAGUUCCGAUGAUUCUUCGAUGCUCUACGUCCUGAGCGCAUUUGCGGAGCUUCUAGUAGCGUCGUUUGCUUGAUACAGCUACGACGCUAUCUUCGCGCAACACUUCUAUUAGAUUUGCUGGGAAUCUUAUCUCUAAUGUCACACAUGGCUGUUUCCCCGGGACCUGGGAAAACCACUCCCCGCUUUAUCCAAGAUGUCCUCUCUUUCGAUCCUGCAAAUCCUCCCAGCUCAUCCUUCAACCUCUUGACACAAUUCCCACCUCCCUUCCACGAUCCCGAUGACUACCCGGAACUCAUCUCACCAAAGGCCUGCCCCCACCAAUAUAUAACAAAAGCCAACCAAACUGAGCUUCCUCCUAAAGGUUUCCAGGCUGGACUAAGGACUCCGUACAAGGUGUCCGCGAUGUGCUUGAUAUGCCGCUAUCAUUUAGAGAUCAAGAUGGUGCAUACAACAGAAGCGUCCCACUGUCCUAGCCAGCUACAUCACAUUGUUUACUCGCACAGCGACGGUCGCCAAGUUUCAAACCCUUUUUGGGAGAAGGGUCAACGAUUAGAAACUCAUUACUUUCGUUGUUCAUAUUCGACAUGCGCUGCUGUUAUUUCCCUGAAGUUACUAUCCCCGGUUUUGACACCGCACUGGGUGAACAUCUUGACAAACAAGGAGCUGCUAAAGGCCAGGACCGAUGAAGCUAUGGAGACGUAUCCAGAGAGACUAGAGGGUCAUAGUCGACCAUUUCCCAUUACUGUGUUGACGAACCUGCGCACCUACAUCGAUAAUGCCCUGCAUGAUAGCCAGAGAAGCAAAUCAAUUUCCAUGUCGAAUAAGCGGUUCGUUGUUUGUUUUGGUGUGGAUGGUCGGCCUUGCCAUGAGCUUCUGGAAUUCUUAGAAUUUCAUGCGAGGGAAGACAGUUGGGAUCCUCCGUGCCCAGACACAUCCGACCACGUCCCGUAUGGAAAUCCUCUUAAUAUCUUUCUUGAUAACGUGUCAAAUGAGCUCUCAGCUUUAAUCCACCGAAGGCCCGCUCAUGAGAAAGAAGGCCAACCACCGGGAAUCCCUCUCGACCCUGCCAUUAGCAAGUUCAACCAACUCCUUGGUUCAUCGAACUACGACAGAACAUUCUUUCUGAAUCCAGUUAACGAGGAAGUAAGAAGGGCUCCAUAUUACGAGGAUCUUGGGGCGACUGAGGACAUGUCCACGGAUCUCAUUAUAGAGGCGUAUAAUCGGCAGAUUGAAACUGAUCCUAGACAAGGCCCUUAUUAUCUCAGAUGUUUACGAUAUAUUGGCGAGUGGAGAAGCGCGUCAGAUGGAGGAAAAAUCAACGACCUGGUAGCGCUGGAAUGUAGUGGUUCUCGAUACGCUGACGAUGAUAUUCCCCGCGCGUACAAGUACUUUCAACUUGAUUAUCGAAAUCGGAAUUUGACGGAUGAUGACAUCAUUGUCUCUUUCUUUGCUCGUCUUCGCGAUACUGCUAACGACACGGAAACAAGACGACAGCUUUGGAGGAUUGGAGACAGCCGUGGGAGUGAGAAGAUAAAAUCGGUAGCAGAAGAGCGUGUUUCUACUGUGGAACAGGCGCUGUUGUACCUUGGAGUAGAAAGUGAUACCUCUGAUGAUUUCAUUGUUUCCAUGUAUGCUGCAAAGGUUAACGAUCAGCCCGCUACGAAAGAACUAGCUAGGAAGGCUGUUGCUUUGAUUGCUGAGGCGCGUGACUCCAACUCCCUGAAAUACUUUUUAAAUACUGGUGAAGCAGCAGCUGCAGAAAUGGAUGUUGGAGAAGCUUUCCGUCUUCUUCAAAUACCUGACCGGACCGUGGAUGAUGCUGCGAUUCUCGCCGCAUUCUCCGUUUGUUGUUCAGAAGCUCCAGGCCAAAUUGAAACAUAUAGACGAGCUCUUGAUGUCAUUGGGAGAGACAAAGGGAGUGCGAUGAUCAGCAGCACCCUCGGUCAAAAUGCGACACUGGCAAAUCGCGUGCUCAAAGAAUGGCCUGUCGGGCUCCAAAACAUCGGCAAUACCUGCUACUUAAACAGUUUGCUUCAAUUUUACUUCACCGUGACUCCUUUCCGUAAGAUGGUUAUUCAUUUUGAUGACUAUAAGAUGCCUCUGGACGAGAGGAGCCUCGAUAGGAAAAAGAUUGGAUCCCGAAAAGUCUCGGUUGUUGAGAUCGAGAGGUCCCAAAAAUUUCUCGUGGAGCUCCAAUCAUUGUUUAAAAAGAUGAUUACAUCUCCUACUUCCUCCGUUAUGCCUGAGCAGGAGCUAGCUAGAUUAACUUUAAUUAGUUCUUCAAACGAAGCGGCCAUCCGGAGGAAAUCAUUGAUCUCGAGCAGUCGCCCCAGCCUUGGUGAGAUAAAUGGCAUGCCAGUUUUAGGACCAUUAGGGCCUCCAACUGCGACCAUUGCAGAGGUAUCAAAAGAUGCGGCGGCGGUGGAUGCGAGUAACAAGACACUUGAGCGCAGUGAUGCGGACAGUGAUAUAACGCUUGUUUCAUUAACCGCGCAAGCAGAUAAUGAGGAAUCGCAGGUAAACAAUAAGGAGAAUAUCGGGCCCGCCCCUCAGGAGAUUACCGUUGAGAUGAAAGAAGUAGACGAUUCGAACGGGGUGGGAGCCGGUACAGGCGAUUCUAUGCAGGCGUUGGCGCCCAUUGGCCCUCCGAAUAGACCCCCUCCCGUUCCUCCUCGGCCAACGCCUCUACGGCCGGCACCCUUAGAUUACCAGCAGCAACUCAGAGAAGAGGUUGAGCUUGGGGCACAGCAGGAUGUCACAGAGGUUAUAAACAAUGUUCUUUUUCAAACUCAAUGCGCCGUCAAACCUAUCAGGUUCGACCAAGAUGGAGAGCAGCUCGAUGUUGUCACAGAUUUAUUUUAUGGCAAGACUGUGUCCUACAUUGCCGCAGAAAACGGAGUUCGGUCCAAGGAAGAGUCUUGGUCUGACAUCAAGGUCGAUGUUGCUAGCGGAUCGAAGGACAUCUAUUCUGCAAUCGACGGCGCAUUUGACGUCCAAAAGGUAGAGGUCGACGGCGCUGAGGUGGAACAAUACGGUGCCAUUAGCAAGUUGCCCCCAGUUCUCCAGAUUCAAGUCCAACGCGUUCAGUUUGAUCAAGUCAAGAAGUCAUCGUUUAAGUCAACUCAUCACCUGGAGUUGAAGGAAACUAUAUACUUGGACAGGUAUAUGGACAGUAAUAAGCAUAAUCUAGAUGAAAGGCGCCGUGAAUGCUGGCGGUGGAAGGAUGAACUCCGCAAACUGAGAGCGCGCAAAGCUGAGCUUAUUGAUACAGAGAGUUGGGCCUGUUUACCAGAUGUCUUCACAGAGACAAAAGCAUACAUUCAAAGCCUAAUGGCUAUCGAAGACGAACCCGAUAUGGCAGAUGAAGCACUGGAACUCGAUGAUGGUAUUUUAUCUCGUCUUACAGCCGUUGAGGAAAUGGCCAGGGAUGAAAUUAAAUGCCUCGAAGCACGAGAGAGGGAUUUAGUUGCAUUGCUUGACUCUCAAUUCACCGAUCUUCGACAUCUCCCCUAUCGGUUAUAUGCCGUCUUCGUGCAUCAUGGCUCUGUUGAGUUUGGUCAUUAUUACAUCUAUAUUUUCGACUAUGACAAGAAUAUAUGGCGAAAAUACAACGACAGCGAGGUGACCGAAGUCCAUAGCAAGUCGGAGAUAUUCGAAAGCCAAAAUUUAACAAAUCCGCCCACCCCUUACUUCCUCGUGUACGUCAACGAGCACAUGAAAGACCGUCUUGUGAAGCCAGUCAAUCGCGAAAUCGAGGACGUCAGCCCUCCCGAAGCCCCACCAAUACCGGCACAGGCGCCAGCACCAGCACCAUCUACCGUCCUGCGUGGUCAGCAAGCGAAUGGGUCCGGACCGUCGCAAACACGCACUCCUCCCAGCGGCGAUACAGAGAUGGAAGACCCCCCUGCAUACAAUGAAAUAGAGAAUGUACCUGCAGGUAUGGAUAUUGCCAAUGGCAAAAACGGGACGGUGGAUGGCAAUGGUAAUGGCAAAAAGACUACUAAAAACACACCUUCCACUACUGUUGCUAAUGCCGCCGCCGCCGCGACUACCGCCGCCACCACUCUCAAGGGGAAGUGGAAUAAGAAGUUUGCUAACAUCCCGUCUGUGUCGUGGUAGGAGCAGUGGUCACGACGGAAGCUGAAGCUGCUGUAUCUCCCUCUCCACCCCGCAACCGCCUCAAACGGAAAGUUGAGGGGGAAACUCGCACUGAUGAUGAGCCUCCAGGCACCCUCGGUCCCAAAGCGGCAGGUUAGUCGCGGCGCCCUCCAUCACUCCAAUAGAGGUUAACUCAUGUUUAAUGGCUGGUUUUUUUUUUUUUUUUUUUUUUUUUUUUUUUUUUUUUUUUUUUUUUUUUUUUUCUAACUUGAGUGUUGAUGUGAUGUCAUAAUUAUUGGAUCCUUUUGACUUCCCUUCUAUUUCUCUCCUCUCUUCCACCCAGCAUCAAUUUUUCUUUUCUUGACGUUCCUCCCAUCACAUUUCUAUUUAAGACCGUAGGCCUUCUGCUUUUUUAUUUCUCCUCACGGAGCCCUUAUUUUAUUUAUCUCGGUUGAUUGGCGCUUUUUUUCAUUUUGCUUGCCCUCGCAUCAUUUUAUUUCGCUUCGCAUUUUCCUUGCUGUCUGUACGGUGAAAAUGUUCCUUUUUUACUUUUAAGACUAUGUUAACGGGAACUUCGGGAAUGCGGGCGCGCGUGUCUGGGGUUGGAUGGAUAUUGAUUUCGGUUUUUGAGAUCCCUUUCCUUCCGUUUCUGCUUAAACGAUAUCUCCAUGGGUGCGCGUGUAUGAUGUCUUUGACCCCUUUUCGAUCUUUUUCCAUGCGAUCUAAUGAUAAAGAUUUUCACGCCGGCGUAUCAGCAACAAUGCUACCGUUUUCAGUUUCAGCAUCAGUAGUAGUUCGUCCCUUCAGCCUCUUUCUCCCAAAGGCUCUUUUACGCCCUUUGGGGCCCUUUUGUUGCGCUGCAUUGAUUGUUCUUUCAUCCAUUAGAGAGGAGCUUGUUGUAUCAAAUCAAAGACAGUACCAUAGAAAUUUUUCACAUCAACAUGAACUAUCUAUCCUACCUACCCAGGCAAUUCCUAGAAGAGAGUUCACGAGGCAUCUUAUCAUUUCACAAAUGCGAAAAAGGAGUAUUUUAUUUUCAGGUUUAUCCGCGGCGAAGCUCCUUUUUUGAAUCUUGUGUCAUCAUCUUACAUGGAAAGUCGCCAUCCACAUUGCAGGCUUGAUAAUAAAUUGAAAAAAAAUCAAAUAAAAAGAAUUAAUAAAAAGGUGACCUAAACAACAAAACGCAGCCUGAGAGGUAUCUAGAUAUCUAUCAAAUGAGUAUGUGGGUGGAAUGGUCUACAGCUCCAUCGUUUUUUCCCAGCAUGAUAUAGUUUAUAACUAGUUAAGUUAGUUGGCCAACUAGGAGUCAGAAAUAUCAGUCAACAUCUCCUUCCUUUGUAUAUAUUCCGAAACCCUCUCUCUUUCUUGUGUGUGAGGAUAAUAUUAAAUAUUCUUAACAAUGGACCGGUGUUUCUUCUGUUUCUUCCGGUGUUUUUCUCUCCAGCUGUUUGUUCGGCGCGGC